AAAAAAAUUGGAACCAGGGCUGCAAACACAUGAAGCAAUUCUGUCGACCGACAGCGGGCCGGAUACCGGCUGGUCGCUCUUGCUGCUGCUGCCUCCGGUUCUUACGAAUUGGGAUCGACGCGAACGCACUGCUGUUCACACAGGGUUCUGCCAUUCUGAGCAGCCGGAGGGACGUGCCUUCAACUUUGUUUGCACAAGUCCUCAUGUUGUGAGUUUCCCCGUUCCGGCAUUUUUCAACAACUGCUCGAUUCUGUUCCCAGAAUCCAUAUCAAUUUGUCUACCACAAGUAUUGCUUCGCCAAGUCAUCCAGACCACUUCCCACCACUGAU